AUGCCCUCUCGAAGCAAAGAAGAUAACGACAGCUGGGAUCAGUUCCGUAAGGAAUCAUCCAUGUUUAUUGACGACAAGAAGAAGAAGAAAGUCAAGAGAGCUGCCUCCACCGGUGGCGGCGUGAAACGACACAACAGCAAUGGCUCUGUUACUAUCAAGAAAGCCUUAUCAGACGCCAUUUGGACACGGACCAAGACCAAUGAUGGCAAGUCCCGACGGAACAGCUCUCCUGCCGACAUCCAAAAAACUCGCCAAAAAUUGCAAAAUGCUCAAGUUGGCAAGAUUCUGGACCAGAAAAAGGCAGACGGUGCUCGUCUUGGACGGGUCAGCCGUCGUGGGAAGUUUGUAACAGCCAGCAUUGCUGCCUAG